AGAUGAAGACGGAGAACGUGGUGCAGGCGACGCCGUUCAACGGGAGGAAGCAGAGUCUGAUCGAGGAUGCGCGCAGGGAGCGCAGCAGCGGCUCCGCGGGCUCCCCGGGGCCCUCCAGGUAUGGAGACGGCUUCGUGUUUGAGGAGAAGGACGGCAGGGUCACUCUGAACGUCCUGUUCACCCUAAGCAACGAGAAAAACGCGGGAUUCUUCAAAACCGGGAAAAUAUUCGAGACGUUUGAAGCCAAACUUCUCCACAUCGAAAGUCGACCGGGGAGGAAGUCAAAGAACAGCACAACAGACCUGGAGUUUUUCAUGAAGUGUGAAGUUCACAGCUCUGACCUGGACGUUUUCAUCAACUCCCUGAAGAGAGUGGCUGAUGACGUUCGCUCCAUACCAGAGGAAAAAGUUCCCUGGUUUCCCCGACAGAUAAAAGACCUGGACAGAUGCAACAUGUUAAUAACCAAAUUUGAUCCAGACAUGGAUCAGGACCAUCCAGGAUUCAGUGAUCCAGAAUACAGAAAAAGACGGGCUUUUAUCUCUGAGCUUGCCUUCAGAUACAAACAGGGAGACCAAUUGCCCACUGUGGAGUACACAGCAGAGGAAGUAUCCACAUGGAGGGAGGUUUAUCAGCAGCUGCGGAGUAUUUACCCCAGCCUGGCCUGUCGUCAGUUCCUGGACGGUCUGCAGCAGCUGGAGAAAGAGUGCGGCUACGGAGAAGACCGCAUCCCUCAGCUCAGGGAGGUCUCUGCCUUCCUGAAAGAGAAAACAGGUUUCCAGCUGCGUCCAGUAGCCGGCUUGCUGUCAGCCAGAGACUUCCUCGCUAGUUUGGCCUUCAGGGUGUUUCAGUGCACACAGUACAUCCGACACUGCUCUGCACCCAUGCACUCCCCUGAGCCAGACUGCUGUCAUGAACUACUUGGCCAUAUUCCCAUGCUGGCAGAUAAAGAAUUUGCCCAAUUUUCACAGGAGAUUGGACUUGCCUCGCUUGGAGCUUCAGAUGAGGACAUUGAGAAACUGUCAACAUUAUACUGGUUUACUGUGGAAUUUGGCCUCUGCAAGCAGAAUGGAGCAGUGAAAGCUUAUGGCGCUGGACUCCUAUCGUCCUACGGAGAGCUUGUUUACGCUCUGUCUAAUGAGCCAGAGUACAAGCCAUUCAACCCAGAGGAGACGGCGGUGCAGCCGUACCAAGACCAAACCUACCAGCCUGUUUACUUUGUGUCUGAGAGCUUUGAGGAUGCAAAGAUUAAGUUGAGGAGGUACUCUGCAACCAUCAAGCGUCCCUUUGCGGUUCGCUAUGACCCCUUUACCUGCAGUGUAGAGGUUCUGGAUCAACCCAGCAAGAUCCAAAAUGCUCUGAGCCAGAUGAGAGAAGACCUGAAGACCCUCCACAACGCUUUGGAGAUGCUCAACUCAUCUUAAGACCAGGAACAUACUUUCUGUAAAGAUAAGACAGACAGGAGCUUGCAAGUAAAAGGAUGAACAUUUGGCCUGUGAAAAUAUAGUACAUGAGAUCAGCUAUAAUGAACACAUAAAGAAAAUCACAGUGUAGUCAGGUUUGUGAGAUUGCACAGGGCCAUUUAUGUAUAAUGUAUCAUGUAAUGUGAAGAUUAUGUAAAAAGAAAUAAACAUUUAUUUUUCAUGAGUAAGUCUCUUAAAACUUGUGUUUUACAUUCCAGAGAGACAGAAAAGAUUAAAAGUGUGCUGAAGACAGAAGUGUUGUUCAUUGUUUGCCUGCAGGAGGAAUAGGAGAGAGAGAGAACCACUACAAUACAGGGCUUGUAGGCCAUUUUCUAGCUUUUAAUUCCAAACCAAGUAUUUCCAUUUGGAAAUUCUUGGAACCCAUUUAUCUUCAUGUGUUAUUAAGCAAAGGGAAGGAGCUAAUUAUGAAUGAUUUAAGUAUCAUGUUCCCUCUGCUGGUCAAGGCCAGAGCCAGCACUGAGGCCCAACACAUCAGUAGGGCCAGGUCACUGGGACCUCACAGUCAACCACAGUACGGUCCGCAGGGCUGCACUGCUGACAGAUGCUCUUCUCUCUUUAUUUCUCUUCCUCCGUGUGACUGGAGAGUUUGGCCUUCAGGGUUUUUGAUGGACGUCCAGAGUUUUGAUCUCCACACAGGCGACAAUGCAUAUCAGAGCCGCACACGUCUAAACUUUCCCUUGAAAAGACAAAUCAUCUCCAUCUGCAGGACUCAUAAAGCAUCAAGACCAUCAGCACGGUGGCUGGCAAACCAUCCCAUCGGCCACCUUGUGUUGGGAAGCUUUCCCUUCCCAUAAUUCCACUGUACAGUAAAUCAAGCCCUGCUUCGGUCUCACUGGGAAAGCCUGUGUUUGUGGAGUAGAAAAAAUUGUGUGUGAAGUGGGAGAGAGAGGGAUAAAGCAAGUGGAGGGAAAGAGUGAUCUACUGCUUGACAAGUGUGUCGGACACACACAUACAUACAUGCACACUCCCUCUCCAACCAAAAGUCAAACACUUUAUAAUUUCUUGUAUCUCGCUCUACAUCCAGCGCUCUCAAAUCCACAAAUCCCCAUGAAACCACCGCCAGGAUCCGAAUCUGCUGAGCGCUAAACAAAAUCAGGUUGUCAUGGCAACGGGUCGACCAGUGAGGGAUCCAGCUAGAUUCUUGUGCCUUGCGCACUCGCCGCAAAUCCCAAACGCUGUAUCAUCCUGACUCCAACCAUAAGUGUUUCCUUUAUUGAUGUCAGGGCCAUCCCAUCCCUACGCUGGCUUGGUUGCCUCCUCCGGGUUGGAAACAGGGUCAUGAGGUUCACGUUGCCCUCAGGCCUAAGAACUCAGAAAAGAAAUAUACUCUGUGAGGUGUGAGUAAAACUGAAACUUAAAGCUUGAUAAAGAGCUCAUAGUUUUUUGAAUAGCUAAUAACAGAUAAAGUGUAAAGGGAGUUCUGUGGCACAAAUAUUUCAGCUAACAACACAAUCAAGACAAGAUUGGGGAAAGGCUGGGAUGUCUUUUCCCAAAUCUGCAACUCCUGGAAGUCCAAGCAAUACAGCCUAAACCAAAAGUCCAUCUAUGUAAAAAAAUAAGUCCAUCCUAUCGUUUGGUUCUGAAUGCUGGCGGGAGACCAAGGCAAUAUGAAAAGGAUUGUCUGAAAAGGCCAUGCGACAUCUUCUGGCCAAACAAGAUCACAACCCUGGAGUUACACAGAAAAAUCAAAAGCAAGAGCGUCAUCACUGAAGUAAGGCAGAGUCGACUGAUGGUUGGGCAAUGUACUUCGGCUGGACUCAGAUCUCAUCCCAGAGGCUGUGCUGAGAUGGACUCCUCCAGGCAAAAUAAAACCUGGAAGACCAAAAUGACCUGGCACAGAACAGAUACUGACAUGGUAGCCAAGAUGAACUUAACUGGGGGUGAGGCCAAACAUUUUGCCAAGGAUAGGGAAUGAUGGAGGAGCUUAUUGUUGCUUUAUCUCCCACUGGGGACAAAGGAAUAAGCAAGUAAGUUUUCACUUUGGACAAAUCCAGGCUAGCUGUUUUCCCCUUGCUUCCAAUUUUCAUGGUAAGCUAAACUAAACAUGUAUUGACUCCACAGUUAAGAUUUUUUAGUUUGUUUACUUUACAGCAGUUAUUAAACAAGCAGUGUUAAUCAAUAUACAUGAUGUUAAUUAAAUUUCAAUCAUCUUUGAGGGAUUAUGUAGACAGGCUAGUUGUUUCCCCGUCUCUAAGAUUGCUAAACUAGGAUUAACACAUCCUGACUAUAACCUUACAAGUCAUGGAAAGAAAGCAAGAGAAAGCAUAUGUCCAAAACAGCUUUACUUGUUCAAGUAUCAAGCCAACUUGCUUGCUGGCAGAGGUUUUAUUAUUUUUGGUUGUUGGCUUUUUUUGGACAGAGCCAAACUGAGGAUUUGGACUGAGGCUAGUCUCAAUUCCUAAGCUAGGCUUAACAUGCUCUGAAUAUCCAUAUAUAUUUUCUCAUUAAUGUUGCAUUUUUGUUUAUGUAUGGUUUAAACAAAUAAGAUACAAGGGUUAAUUGCUUUAGAGGUAAUGGUUAGGUGUACUGCAAAUGUUAAUAUAUGAACAAUAAAUGGCUCCUACAACACUCGAUCAAAUCUGUAGAUGUAGACAUGGGUAAGUUGUUAUGUGGAUCUUAGUUAAGAUGCUCUUGAUGCCCUUUUACAGGAGGUAAGUGGUCAGUCAGUUGGAGUGAUAAAAGAAAAAAAGGUGACACACUGGAGGAAAAUAAACACCUGUCACCCCAGAGGUUUUUUUUAUCAAUAGGUUAUGAUAUUAUAUGUGAUCUGUAAUGCUUUAGGAAAUUAUCUAUUAACUGUUCAUAAAGCUGUUUUUUUUUUUUUUUUUGCAAUUUAUCCUCAAAAUGUCCCUGUGUUUGACGACUGCACCUACUGCUUGGAUGAGCAACAAACUCCACCCAAAAGUAGAGAUGGAGGACUUUUUGGACUCUCUUCCACUCAUCAAGAUCAACAUAAUCACUUCAUUCUGGGAAAGCAUCGCAAACAAACCAGCCGUGAGAUUAAAUCAAACACUGGCCUCAAAGAGCUCUAAUCUCUUUCUUUGUUUCCCCUCAUAUCAUGCUCCUCAUUAUUUUUAUUUGCUCUCUUUUUGGUGAGCCUGGGCUUAAAGUUGGCAGGGCCGCAGAAGAAUUAUCUGAGGGGAAGAUUAGGAGAAAGUUGGUGAAGAUUUUAAGGCGGACUGAUCUCCCUUUCAUCCAUUUCACAGUUUGUUAUUAUUCCACACACCACACGAGAGAUCAAACUGUUUGCGAGGCACAAUAGCUUCACUCAGGUUACAUCAAAGGUAACAUGGAGGCCCAAGGCAGUGACAUCUGAGGAGGUGCUUCCAGGAAAGAGGUGAGCUUGUAAGUUGUCCAAGAUGGAUCAUAUGUUGUAGAAAUCCAUUCAGACAGACAUUCAGAAGUCAAAAUGGAUUUAAAUCUUCUUGCAAUUCUGCUCAUUGGCCAUCAGAUGGCAUCCUUGAGUUGCUGGGAUUUGUAAAGAUAAUGAGGUUCAUGACUCAUGUUUCAAGGGAAACUGGCUCAGCUGCCAAUACCAGUGCCCUCUGUGGCUGCUUUUAUUCUCUUUGGAGAACAUUCAGAGUGUGCACAGAUGAAAAUGGCAGCCUCUUGCUCUGACAUUGACAUCUCCCGUGUUAUAUGCAGCUGCUCCAGCACCACUUGCACCUAAAGCACAGCAAAUGUAGAGAGUGGAGACCACAUUGGACUUGUUCAAACAAAAGAGUGGACCAGGAGAGCAGUAGCAUGUUAUGCUUUGUGGAUGGCGGUUUACGCAUCCCGUCCAAGAAAUAUACGAGGUUGACGAACUGGUUUGAAAGAGUGGAGGUCUCUACAGUACGGCCUGUACUCGCUCUGUUCUGUCGUGCAGAGACAUCGCUGCACAAUACAAUCUACUGUUUCAGCUGACAUAUACAUUAAUAAAGUACAACAAACGGCUCUGUUAAGACGCUCAAGUAUGAAUGCACAUUUAACCAACUCUACCCUCCUGAGCUUAAGUACAUCUGUGGAAACAAGUGAUCAGCUGUCACCUCAAAUGAUUCAUGAUCUACUUAAUUAAAUGAGUGCCCUCUGCAGCUUAGCCACAUAUGAUUGAAAAUGGAGAUGGUGGUUUCUCACACAUGGCACUCCUGUGAUAGUACAAUGAGUCCUUGUUUUACCAGCGGACAUUACAAGUUUCUGGCAAAUAACCCCUUGUCUUCCAUGUUUGGUCUGUAGAGCAUUGAUAAUUAUUCAUCGAGGUAAGGUAAUGCACAUCUCUCCCUCUCUUUCUGCAUUGUUAGUAACCACUCAGUUUGCAUGCAAUUGAGUUGUAGAUGACCUGAAAUGGCCUCAGACACUCAUGCUUCCUAAAGCUUUUAUGACUAUGAUUACACUUCCUACAACUCAGCCCCCCAACCCCCAGCUGCAGCGUUUGCCCAACAGCUGGAGCAACGCCAGAUCUCCUAGCUUUUCCUCAUCCUACACUUUCUUUGGAUUUUCUGUGCUCCACAGCAGGUGGAACAGCCCAUACAAAGAUAUAUUCUUGAUAUGAUUCAGAGUUUGUCAUGGACAGUGAGAAAAGUGAGAGACAGAGAGAAAACACCUGUAGUAUGAUGAUCACGUUGAACGGUGAAGUGGAGAUCUGGCACAGCAGCUUCAACACAUUCCUUUGAACUACAGCUCUCUUGGCAGGACAUAACAGACAACUGAUGUAACUCACUUGAGAG